AUGGAUUGGUGGCUUGGGUUUUUAAAGCGGGUAAAACCGGCGGGAAAAAAGUUACUACGAAAAUAUGUCAGUGAUAACAACGAGUUAUUGGAUUUGGUUAUUAAUGAGGAAACGAUGACUUUUACGAAAUGUGAUUUGGACGCAACUACUCUUAUGAAUAUCCUCAAUGUUGUAUCUUCCUUGAUGGCAGCGGGAAAAACAAGCGCUGCAGCAGAAUAUUGUCAAACAGUUGCUGAUGCAUGUUUUGGUCAGUCAAUCGAAAAUCCAUAUCGCUUGAUGCUUCUAUCAUUUUCAAUGAUCGCUGAUUGCGAAGCGAGAUUCUACGACCUGAACAUUUUCCAACCGUCACCGAAGGACAUUUCACUCAAAAUUCGUUACUCUCGUUGCCAACAAGCAUCUGCAAGUAUUUUGGAGGUUGGAACGACGCUUUUCAAAAUCGGCGAGAUCUUGACCAUGUGCGAAGAGUUUUCUCAUUUUGCUUGUAUUCGGCAAUGUCAUGUCAAUCUGUUGAGAAACUUUGCUGAGAUCGAUGAAGAUGAGUCAGUGGACUGGUUUGAUCGAGUGAAAGUGUUGGAUUCCAGCAUUUUGGCAUUGAUAAAUGAAAGUGACAUCGCUGCUCGACUAUGUGAAACUGACAAAGAGAAGAAGGAGUUCCUACAAAACCUUCACAAAAUUCAAUCAUUGUGUGUUGAAUCCAACGACCAAUACUGCUUCUCUUGGUUCAAUCAACUUCACCUACGAGAGAUUUGUGUCAGAUCCGUCGCUGCGGUCGAAGUCCUCAAAUCUGAUAUUGCCUUCAAAACGUUUGAGAAAACCCAGCCGAUCGCAUUUGAAAAAUGUACUACUGUUACGAAACAAAGCAAAAACCGUCGACGUCUUCAGCCACAGAAUCCUGAAUUGGAAGUUGAAGAAAAAGCUAAACGUGUAUCAUUUGGUGAAGAUUCCGGUGUUCUUGCUGAUGCUAACAUGAUAAUUCUGAGGAAAAACUCAAAAACACUGACUAGACGUCAAGAGAAAGGUGCCAACAAGAAAUAUUCAACGGAUGUAGAAGACUUGAACUACAGUACUCCUCUCACCGAUGAUGGAGAAACUUUCAGUAAUAUGCAUGCAGCUAUCGUCAAAGAGAAGGCUGCUGAACGAAAGGACCAGAUGAGAAAAUACAAUGCAGGAGGUGCUGCUGACUGCAGGAAAAGGUUGCCGGAGGCGGCGAGAAAGAAAAUUCGCAUUGUUCUGAGGAACAUGAUGGCGGAAGGACGUGAAAUUCAACAAGAAGAAGUCAAAGACGACAUUCUUCUCAAUAAAGCAUUCCCAGUGACGGAUGAUGAAUGCAGUGAUGAUGAAUCAGCUCCAGCCUCGUUCUUCCGUACUGAAACUCUUGAAACACUCCGGAAGAAGAAAAUGAGAAAGUUCGGUUUCCUAGACCCAAAAAGUGAAGCGAAGCACGUUUUGUGGUGGCACAAUGCAAAGGAUGAGCUUAUGACAACACGCGCCAUUUCAACUCAUUGUUUGAAAAUGAACGGGGAGAGUUCAGGUCCACUCGGCACUUUCGAGCACUACUUGGGGAAGGUGGACAACGGAGGAAAUCUUCGAGACAGAAUGUCAGAGUCAAACCGAGAAGCGAACUGUAGAACAUUCAGAAUUGAAAAGGAAACCGAUGUUGAUGACGGAGCACUGUUGACCAUGCCAGCUGUGGACCCAUUCAAAGAGUCUCGUGUCACCCCAAAACGACGAGCAGAAUCCGUCGGUCUCAAGUCACUUCUUCUCCAGAAUAUGAGAAGAAAGGUUAUCGACGAACUGUUGAUUUUGAUGAUGAUUAUCAAAGGACAACAACAGUUGCAGGAUGGAAAUGAAACUUACCAUUUGAAUCCAAUCCACGAGAACAACUUUUUCACGUAUUUAAUGCAUCUCUACAAACAUCUUCUAGCUAAAUUCCGACUUUACUCAACCGAACUAUUUGGCUUGGAAUGUUUGAAUGAAGAACAGGAAACGAUGCUUGCUGGUGAACCGGAAAUUUUUGACUUGAACAAUAACUGUUUUGAGUUCUGUCGGGACACUGGAGCAUAUUACUUUUGCAUUUGCAUCAGAGGAAGAAUAGUGAAAUUCGAGCCAAAUGAUUGGGGUCUACAGGAGCAGAAGUUGAACAGAGACGAUGUUGAGAUGCAACACGAAUUCUUCUUCGGAUUGGAUAACUCGAAUAAAAGUAGUCAUCUGGCCAAUUUCUGGAGGACAGAGUGCAUGCCUAUUGUUUCGGGUCUCAUUCACAUGGUUAAUCACAGUCUGGUUGACAAAAUUGAUAAGAUGGACGCUAAAGAUUCGGCAAAAAUUUUGGAAAACAUUCCUGGAUUAUCUUGUCAAACUAGACAGUGGUUAAAGCAAGUGACUCGAUACGGUUUUGUGAAAGAGAUUUCGAGUGAAGAAAAGAGAGAUACUGCUUCAAAGUUCAUUGUUCCUAUUCUUUUUCAACUGCCAUCAAAUGUUCAGCAUGAUCUUGAUACGGAAAAUUUAGUGACGGACCUGUUCGACCUUGAUGAAAUCUACCGAACCACAACACAUUUCGUCCGUCAGAAAUACCACAGAUGGAAGGAAGCUUGUAAAGCCGACAAAGAGAAAUUCCAAAAGACAAAUAGAGAUAUGGAAUUUUAUGUGGAGAAGGACUUGACAUUUUUCGGUGAAGCGAUUGAGAAAGAUGUGUAUAUGGUGGCUGUGUACAUUGGGGAGAAGAAGGCAGAAGAGCGUGAUACAAUUUCAACAGGAAUGCACCAGCUAUGCAGAAGUAUUCGAUCCCAAGCUGGUUUUAUGUCAAUUCAAAGUUAUCAUGUUGCUGAAAGCUCUAGCGAAUAG